AGUAAAACGUCAAUUAGUUCUUUCUUGCUAAAAUUUCCGAGCAGACAAAAUGGGUUUCUCUGAUCUCUGGUAUUCGCAUCCCCGUAAAUAUGGGCAAGGCUCCCGAUUCUGCCGGGCAUGUUCCAACAAUCACGGUAUGAUCCGCAAGUACGGUCUCAACAUUUGCCGACAGUGCUUCAGGGAAUACGCUAAGGACAUCGGCUUCCGGAAGCUGGAUUAAAUCGACUCUUCCCAUGGAAGCUCAUCAGCAGUUUUAUUCAGCCAUCCAGGUUCUUGUUUUGCUGGUAUUUCGAUGCAGUGAUUGAAUUUACAAUGAAUAAAAUAAACUGAUAAGAAAUGUAA